GUGGGCUGCCGGGUGGGUGAGCCAGUGUGGGGCAUGCGCCGUGUACAGCCCGAAUGAUGAGAUGAAGAAGUGAGGGCUGGGGUGGGGGCAAUGACAACAGAGAGAGAGAGAGGAAAGGAGAGAGAGAGAGAGGAAAGGAGUGAGAGAGGAAGGGAGAGUGAGCCCAUUGUUGCGAGUGGGCUGAGGGGCUGCUCCAGCAGAACACAGCUCCACAGAGGUAUCUCAGCAAAUCCUGUCUCUCCUUGGAACAAUGCUUACCCACGGGUGUUCGGGGACACUGCGUGGGGUGACACAGCCUGGGAGAAGACUCACCGUGGACAGUUGCUUGGCAAGUGGUGAAUCUGCGAGCAGGGCAGCUGGGGGACCCCAGGGGGCCGCCGGAGGAGCAAUUAUUUCGACCAAUGUAUUGCCCACCUGGGGGCUCAGUUCUCCGCUGUUAUAGGAGGCAGCAGCAGCAGGACUAUAUAGAGACGGGGAUCUCCCUCCAUCCAGCAGGUCCUUGAGCCACAAUGGAUAUACUCUUAUUUUUCAGAACAUACCACUGCUAGUCUAAUUCUACCAGAAGAUGCAUUUAUUGUUAUUGCUGAUCUCCAGAUCUGAUCCACAACUAUCUUCCCCUGAUGGUGCCUUCACCCUCCACCAUGAAUGAUGAGCAGAGACUACACAACAACGCAGUAGCUUGGUUGAUAUGUUCAGGGAUCUCACUACUAGCUAACGCCUGGGGGAUUCUCAGUAUAAGUGCCAAACAGAAGAAAUGGAAGCCCUUGGAAUUUUUAAUCUGCACGUUGGCUGGAACCCAUAUUCUUAAUGUGGCCAUACCCAUCACCAUGUACUCAGUGGUCCAGCUAAGAAAGCAACACUCUGACUAUGAGUGGAAUGAAGGGGUCUGCAAAGUUUUUGUCUCUACAUUCUACACCUUAAGCCUCGUUACCUGCUUCUCUGUGACCUCCUUAUCAUAUCAUCGCAUGUGGAUGGUGCGCUGGCCAGUUAACUACAGGUUGAGCAAUACGAAGAAGCAAGCAGUGCACACUGUGAUGGGAAUAUGGAUGGUAUCCUUCAUUCUCUCCACCUUACCUGCAGUUGGAUGGCACAAUCCCACUCAGAGGUUCUACGCUGGGGAUUGCCGUUUCAUUGUUACCGAGAUUGGGCUGGGCUUUGGACUGUGCUUCCUCCUACUGAUCAGCGGCAGUGUGGUAGUAGGCGUGGUCUGCAUUGGUAUCUCCCUGUUUCAGACAUUUUCUAUACAAACUGGGCAAAAUAUUGACAAAAAUAAAUUUAAUGUGCCCACUAUUGUGGUUGAGGAUGCCCACGGGAAGAGGAGGUCGUCCAUUGAUGGAUCUGAGCCUAUUAAGACUUCACUUCAAAUAACCUAUUUGAUUUCUGGGAUUGUGUUUAUAUAUGACUUCCUAAUGGGUUUUCCUAUAUUGGUUGUAAGUUUUGCCAGCUUGAAGUUUGACAAGUCAGAUGACUGGAUGGUCCUAGGUGUCCUCUGGUGUUCUGUCGUACAGGCUCUUCUACUGCCGAUGUUCCUCUGGGCCUGCGAUCGCUACCGGGCAGACGUGAAAGCCGUCUGGGACAAGUGUAUAGCCAUCAUGUCCAACGACGAUGAAAAUGAAGAUCACAGCCCUGACGGCGGCAUCCACUCUGAUCUCCUAUACGAGAGGCCCUAUGACUAUAAUUAUGGGGGCGAUAUCAUGGCCAUGGAGCGUAUCACUAAGUACGACUUUUCUGCGCUAGAAAGGGGAAUCCCGCAGAUCUAUCCUAUGAAGGAAACACAAGAAGACAAAAUGCAUUAUCUCCAGGUCCCUCCAACAAGACGCUAUUCCCAUGAUGAAACGGAUAUUUUUGCCACGGGCCAGAUACCAGCUUUCCUUCACAACUGGGGAUCUGCAGAGGAUAUAGCUGCGAUUUCCUUCUUUACGCUGCCAAGACGUGAGAGGCGCAGUAGCCUGAUAAUGUACCACGAUGACGCCAGCUUGCCGUAUCGGAAGUGCCGUAAAUCGUCCGAGAGCCUCAUUUCACUGAAACACUUCACCCUGGAAGAGCUGUACCGAGAAGACUUUAAGUGCUUCAGCAGGGAGGAAGUGGUCACCUUUAUUGAUGACACUCCCCUUCCAAGUCCAAGGAAAGGUCAUGUCAGGUCUUCUUCAAUCUCUCUUAUACCAGACACCUUUCAGCAUCCAACAGUUGCUCACUUCACGCUGACAGACUUCGAGCGAGAGCCGCAGGUGUUACGGAGAGUCUCGACCCACGGGAAAAGUUGUACUCUUAAUGUUCCUGGUCACCAUAGACCUCACGAUGACCAUAAACGUUUCUACACAGAAGGCCACCGAAGCCAUCGCCACCUUCACAGACCAAAGACUGAAUGUCCAAAACUGGAUGAGGUAGCGUCUAAACCUAGCUCUGCAGAUUCAAGCGGUCGCCAGGCAGGGCUGAGCAGUACAUGGACUGAACAAGAACCAAUGAACAAGAUAGAAAAUAAAGGGAGCACUAACAGCUUUUUAAGUUCACCGUCAGCGUCGUCUGGAUACGUAACUUUCCAUUCAGAUUCCAUUGGAUCUACAACAUAGGGACUUCCUUGGCGACCUACAACUCCUAGCACCAUAUUUCAGCCAGGUUUACAUUACUCCAUUUCUUGUAUUUUAAUACCCAGAACUGGAAACAGCACCAAAGAAAAUAACUUGUAUUUGAAUAAACUCAAAACCAUUUUAACAUUCUGCUUUUCAGAGGUACACAAAUAUUCAGGAAUAAAAUGCACAGGUCAUAAUCACUCUAUGGGUAAAAUAAAUAAAUAAAUAUGACAACAAAAUAAACUGUCACACUCAUUGCUAAAACAUUGCAUUAAAUUAGUUGUACAUGGAAAAUGUGUCUUAAAAUUACAUUAUCUCCUAACAUGUCAUCAAUAAAUAUUAUUAUGCAUGCCUAAGUAAUUCCUAUGUGCACUAUCUAUAAGCGACUUUUGGCUAUACGUUUUAUUAACUUCUAGUACUGAAUGAGAUGUGAUCUGUGAGUUACGCUGAUGACCUGAAGAACUCUUGGUUUUCUAAAGAAAAAAAAAAGAAAAAAAAUCAAUACCCAUUGUACUUAAUGUAUGAUAAUUUAUGUACAGUAUUAUUUCUUUUUAAAAAGUAAUAAUAAUAUAUGUUGGGAUUUUGUCAUUGAUAAUUAACUUUGUUCACAUUUUUUUGGAGUGUGAAGCAGUAGCCCAUUAAAGGCUAUUGUUUUAUUCCUAUCCCCUACAGAUAAUAAGAUACUUACAUUGUUUCUGCUGUUUUAUGGUUAAAUACAGCACUUGUGAGUGAUGUUUCAUUUUUUCUAUGAAGCAGUGAAGGAUAAUGGUAUCCCAUCGUGAAAAGUAAUCACAUUUUCAUUAGAAUUUUGUUUUAAGCAUCACUUUUUUAAAGUUGUCUGGAAUUCUCACUGAAUAUACUACAAGUACUUAUGAGUGAUAUAUUUCAGCCCAAAGGCAGCAGACAGAAAUGAGUUGCAAAUGAUCUUAUUAUUAGUAACAAGAUAUGAAUACAAUAUAAACUGUUUCCAGAUACAAUUUUGUCAAACAAAUUUGAAUGUGUUUUUUAAUGGAAACAUUUAUUUUUAUUUAGGCUUCUGUUAUGCGUCUCCUUUUUAUCAGUCACUGAUGCUGUUGAUAUCCGUAUAAAAAUAUAGGGGCUUAUUCAGAUUUACACACAACGCAGCCUCAUCUGUGUACUUGGAAAUAAAUAUGAAUAUCUGCAUCUAUGCAACUGCACAAUUCCAUCCAACCGCUUGGAAAAGUAGCCACCACCGCUAUCUGGGUCUGAUUCAGGCCUGGACGCAGCUGCUACAAAGUUCGGUACUUUGCACAUAUGCCAGACCCGUACUGCAACGUUGGACGCAGAGUGUCAAUGAUUGACAGUCUGCUGCCGUUUGGGGGCGGUGGCGGCCUCUGUUUCCCAAAACGGACUACCACGACACUCCCCCAGCACACUUAUCCCUGUCGUCCAGUUGAUCCACUCCAGCCACAAGUGGCUUAAAGUUGCAGGCUCCAAAGCAUGCACAGUUGCUAAAAAUUGUGAGAUCCGCAAUGCAAAUGAAUAAUAACUCUGAAUCAGGGGCCCUUAAAAGCUCUCCACCAACAACAUCAUACGAAACUGGAGACACAACAGAGCAAGACACUAAAUAAAAAUCAAUAUAUUACAAAUAGUUAUAAAAAACAAUUGUUGAUUUACAUUGAGUUUCUCAACAUUAAUGAGAAAAGUGCAUUUGGAUUACAGUUUAUUGGAAAGUGCUAAUUAUUCCUUAAUGUUCAGAGGAAUUCCUGUGCUCCCACCAUUUGAAAGAGUCCCACAUAUUUUACAAUGGGUUUUUAUAUUGUUGUUUGUUUUCUAAUGCUGUCUUUUGUAAUGCACGUUGCAAAUUAAUGAUUAAAGGGGAUCUAUUUUCUUAUUUAAAUGACAGUGAUGUCAUGUAAUGCAUGUAAUAUAACCAAGUUCUCUCUUUCUAUCACUGGAGUUUCUUUAUCAACAUUGCUGAAAUGUGCAAGCCUGCAGUGAAACCUUAUCUACCAAUGAGAUCUCUGCUUUCAUUAUCUAAUUUGCGCUAACCAGAUUAAAGCUAACAGAUCAUUGCUUGCUGUGGUUUUACUGACCACGGUCACUGUAACCCUCACUUUGAUGGAAGCUAAGUUGUAAGACGGUGUCCUGUUUGGGAAAAUAUACCAUGAAGCAUUCUUAGGGUCAUCAAAGUAGCCUGUUAUUUGCCAUAAAUGUUAUAUACAUAUGAAAACCUAAAUAAAUGUUUUCCACAGAUACUGAAGACAAAAUGAUGGUGAUAAUAACACUAUACUGUAAUUGAAUGUAACCAGAUUACAAAAUAUUCAUACAAUGGUUUCGUUUUAAUGUAAAAAAAAAAAAAAUUUGGAAAAAAAAAAUCUUUUAAAUGAUCUUAAGGCCGUACAUGCGAUUCUUGAUAUUUAUAAUGCAUGACUAUCAAAUGAUGACUUUGUAUGAAGCACGUGUGUGGGUGUUAUUUAACAAAAAGAUUAAACGUUAACGUUAUACACUUUUCAA